CUCUCGAACUUCAUCUUCUUUUUCUCCAUCUCUCGUUCUCUUUCCCUUGAUCGCAGGUCUUGCCGGAGCUGGAUUCCGAUGAGGAGCACCGCUGUCUCUGAUACCAAACCCUCCAAGAAGACCUCCUCCGAGGAUCGGAGCCGGAAGAGGAAAACCAAGUCAAUGAAGCGUCGACGUGAUUCAUCGUUGGAGGUUUCGUCCUAUUCCUCGUCGGAGGAUGAGUGUCGUCGAUCUCGAAGGAAGAACUCACGGCGGGAGAGCAAGAGAGGGUUGCGAUCUCCGAGCCCUAGAAGAAAGAGGAGGGAGUCGAGGAAACCUGAGAAGAAGAAGAAGAAGUCCAGGAAGGCGCGGCACCAUAGAAAUUUGAGUAUCAGCUCUAGUGAGAAUGGUUCUAGCUGGAGUUGCUCCACUUGCCGGAGCAGGAGCCGGAGCCGGAGCGUCUCGAGGUCAAGAAGUCCGGUCCGUGCUGAUAGGAAGGAGAGGGGUAGGGGAAGAGAGAGGGAGAAGGCUGGAAAGAGCUCGAGGAAAAAUAGGUAUAGGUCGCCUAGCUGUUCUACUUGCAGUGGUGGUGAUAGUAAUCGGAGCAGUAGCAGUAGAAGUCCAAUUAAAGAGAUAAAAAAAGAAAAAAGAGAAUUCACGGCGCUCGAAGUUGGCUUCUACAAUGACAGUCGUGAUGUUGGGAGAAAGAAGGAUACUUUUGAACAUUGCCCUGAAAUGAAGAGGACUGAUGAAGAAGUUGAGCAUGUGAAGAAGGAUGCUUACAGUGAUGGGAGCAUGGGGAUGAUGGAGCGAAGAAGCCUUCUGGGCCCUGUUGAGAACUCAAAUAGUUCUAAAGUUGAUGAUGUGGAGUUGGUGUUAAGACUGAAAGCAUUGGAGAACUUCAACAAGUAUCGAGUUGGUUUACUUGGCAGCUGUAAAUUUGGUGAUAAGAAGGCUGAAUCUGGUCUUUCUGAAUGUGUGGAAGAUGCUGGUAAGACUGUGGAAACAAAACUGCCAUCUCAAGCUGCAGUGGAAAGGAGGCCUGCUAAAUCCAUGGAUCUUCAAAGACAUGAAGAAGCUGAAAGUCAGGCCUCCGAAGUGAGGAUUAAAUCAGCUGUGAGCCGGCCUGCCGAAGCAAGGAUCAAGUCUGUUGUGAGUCGCCCGGCUCAAUUAUCAGAUGCUCUUAUGUCCACGGAGGAAAAUAAUGAUAAUGUGCGUAUAAAAUCUAAAGCAGUAGAUAACAAGUUAAUCCCCGGCAAUGGUGAAGCCCUGAACUCACAUAAUGAUAAUGUGAGUAUUAAAUCUAAAGCAGUGGAUAACAAGUUAAUCCCCAGCAAUGGUGAAGCCCUGAACUCACCAAAUCAACUCAAAAGUGUAAAUGAGCUUGUGACAUUGGCCAUGGAUGACCAAGCUAAGAGGACCAGUGAGGAACCUAAAAGUAGCCUUGUGCAGGAGACUGAAGGAAAUAAAGCUGAUGUGUCUGCUUCUGGGGCUUCAUCUGCACCUAAAAAGGAAACUGGAAAACACAAUCCAAGUGAAAAUGUGGCGGAAGCUACUCAAUUUGAACAGAAGACCUUUUCUAGAAUGCAUGAUGGAGAAAUGGUACAGGUGAGUUACAAGGUUUACAUACCAAAGAGAGCCCCGGCAUUAGCAAGGAGACAACUACAACGGUGACUGUUUCAAGUAAGGAAUUUUUCUUGUUCUGUAUGUAUCCCUAGUUCACCUUAAGUGCAAACAACUGGUUGGAGCUGAAUCACGUUCUCCUCUGACAAAGUUUGUUUCUGUUUAGCACGUAAUGGGAGGCUCUUAUCAUUUGUACUUUCUUUGAUGCGAUUACUGGAAUCAUAACCAUGGAUUUGAAUCAGCCAUAUAAUAGAUGCCAUCACUGACGCCAAUACUCUACCGACCGUCAUCUAUAAGCAUGCACCUAUGUUACACCUUAAUAAUGAAUUCAUUCCGCAAGGAUAUAUAUAUACAUAAUAGAAGUUAAUUUGGUACUUCGUUUGUGAUAACUGAUAACUAUGUAUGAACUAUCACCUCACGUUUCUUUUCAUUCUCUAUGGAAAGAAUUUGUAGUGUAUUUUCAGCUCAUUGCAUUAACAGAUCUUGGUGUUGAGAUAUUUCUCUCUGUUGUUGUAAGAGUGUUUCAAUGGCUACAAUCUUUUAGUUCUGUGUUU